AUGCAGACCCUCGCGCUCCCUCCCCCAGCAACGCCCUCCCACUCUCGCCUGCACUACUCGCCCACGGCCCACACGUGCCCACCCAUGCAAUCAUCGCCCCUCGCCAGCCCUUCUGGAUCUUCGCCGUCCACCGAGGCCCAGUCGCGUCGUCGUGCGCAGUUCAAGGCCAAUGGCUUCAGCAGCCCUGCAGCGCGCCCAAACCGACUGUCAUCGGCAUACCAGGCUCGGCGCGGCGCCAGUGGGAAGCUCUCAGGGGCGACGGGCGAGGAGCCACCACGCAAGGCCUUUCUCCGCGAACGCCUCAAAGCACGCGCCGUCGAGCGCGCCGUCCAAAAGCGCGAGCGCGCGCUCGUGCGGCGCAGCAGGCACCUGAGCAGCGAGCCCAGCAGUGACGGCAUGGACGAGAUGAUGGAUGAGGACGAGGACGAGAUGCUGAACGACGAGUUCUACCACCGCAUCAUGGACAAUUCGAAGCGCAAACAGGUUCACGCGUACCGCCUGUCCUACUCGCUAGACGUGGGUUCCUCGUUCGACCCCGACAUGGAGGACCCGCAAUCGUGGGAGGACGAUUUGCAUGCCCUGAACGCCAUCUCCACAGGGCCCGAGGAUCUGGACGAGGAGGAGAUUGCUGCCUACGCCGCCGAAGCAGAACUUAAUCUCGAUGACUUGGCCGCCGACGACAUAUUCGGCCUCAGCGACUUUGAAGAUGCGCAUGACCGGGAUGUCGACAUGCACUGA